GGGAAACUAGUCUAGUCUCGCGCUUCCCGGAAGCGGGACCGCAGAAUCAUGGCGACCGUCUCAGUGUGCCAGUACCAGCCCGGAGGUUUCAGUUUCGAAAACUGUAGGAGAAAUGCUCUUCUGGAAGCAGACAUCACUAAACUGGGUUUCAGCUCUCCGGCUGCCCGUAAAACUGGAACUACCAUCUGUGGGAUUGUUUAUAAGGAUGGUGUUGUUUUAGGUGCAGACACUCGUGCAACUGAAGGAAUGGUUGUCGCUGAUAAGAACUGCUCUAAAAUUCACUACAUCUCUCCCAACAUUUACUGUUGUGGAGCAGGUACAGCGGCGGACACUGAGAUGACCACGCAGAUCAUCUCCUCCAACCUGGAGCUUCAUUCUCUGUCCACCGGCCGUCUGCCACGAGUCGCCACAGCAAACCGCAUGCUCAAACAGAUGCUCUUCAGGUAUCAGGGUUACAUCGGUGCUGCAUUAGUUCUCGGAGGUGUCGAUUGCACCGGCCCUCACUUAUACAGCAUCUAUCCACACGGAUCAACAGACAAACUGCCCUACGUCACUAUGGGGUCUGGAUCUCUGGCAGCGAUGGCAGUCUUUGAGGAUCGCUACAGGCCUGACAUGGAGGAGGAAGAUGCCAAGAGUCUGGUGCGGGAUGCAAUCGCGGCUGGUAUCUUCAAUGACCUGGGCUCAGGCAGUAACAUCGAUGUGUGUGUGAUCACCAAGGGGAAGGUGGAUUACCUCAGACCUCACGACAUUGCCAACAAGAAGGGUGUUAGGGAGGAUAAGCUUGAUGGACGUCCUGUAACCGGAAGUUACAGGUACAAGCAUGGCACCACUGGGGUUUUGUCGAAGGCUGUGACUCCUCUGAACCUGGACAUGGUGGAGGAGAGCGUUCAGACCAUGGACACCUCCUGAAGGACUUAAACCAUCACGCUUUAAUAAGUUUCUCCUGUUAACCAUUGUCCCACAAGUCUUAUGUGGAGGUUUACUUUUUCACUAUGUAUAAUAAAAGAAGUUGUGAGUUGA